CCCGCUUUCCCGCUCCUCCUCCAUAGAAAUCUCCACCGUCUUCUUCUUCCUUCAGUAACCGAUCCGCUCUCUUCGUUUAGGGCUUCGUUGCUUUGCUUAGAGGCGAAGCUGGAGUACGACCCAGUGAGAAUUAACCGUCGACGCCGGAGAUGGACACACCUGAGAAGAACCGCAUCUCCGCCGUUUCCUUCCGCAACUUUGAGGAUUCUCCGGUUUUUCAAUAUAUUAACGAUCUCUCGCCCAUAGAGCCAGUAAAGCCAGCACGCCCAGAGAAUAUCUCGCACUCAUUGGCUUUCACAUCUCCGUCUUCUCUAUUUAGUUCGCCGCAGUUAAGCUCUUCCAGAUUUUCCAUGAAAAGGCAUCGUUCUCAAGAUUUAUCUAGUCCAGUAUUUCUCAUUGGUGAGACUGUCAAAAACUCACCAGAUGCUCUGGAAGCUGUUAAGAUAACUGGUCUGAGUGAGGAGCAGCUAAAUUGUAGACCUGAGCAGUUGCCAAAUGUUUCUGAAUCCAAGCCAUUUAAGGAGCAGAUCAGCUUAGCAAUUGAGUUGGCGAAUUCAUUGAAACACGGAAGGGAUGGAGUUGAUGUUCAAAUGGUUUCUUCUGAUGAAGAACCAAUGGAUGCUGAUAUUGAAAUAGGAAGUAGCGGUGGAUCGAGAGAGCUGUCUGAUGAGUUAUGUACACAGCGUAAUGAUCCAAUUCACUUUGAUGCUGAUUCUGAAGGGGUACUUCAAACUGAAGAAAUGGAAGCUGUGAGUGUGUUGGGAACAGAAAAAAUCAUGUUUGAUGUUGAUGGUAGCCAGAACAGUGAGCAACAGAUUCCGAAGAUCACUGAUCCUAGAUUUAAUUCUUUUGCUUCUGAGCCUCAGCAGUUUUCUUACACUGUACAAGUUGCAGCUGGAGCUCCAGACAUUACUCUCUGCAGUUCCUCCAAGGUAGCAAAUAUUGAUUCAACUGCCGAAGAUGAAGCCAAGGAAGAUAGAGGUCUACAGCCCUGUCGCAAGCAACAAGGUGUCCGCAGGCGCUGCUUGACUUUUGAUGUGGGAGGAUCUCACAAAAGGAUACCUUUGCGUGAUUCUACUAACGAUCUAUCUCUUGAUUUGACCUCUAUCAACAAAGCUCCUAGUCCACAAGAGUGUUUAGACACCAGAAAACAAGAUACUGAUGGGAUUCUACCCCUACCACUAACGAUUGGCCUGCACUUGAAUGGUCUCGUGAACCCCUCAGUCUCAAGUGACCGAAAUAAAAAUAGUUUCAAAGAUGGUCGGUUUUUCCCUCCUGGUCCUACAACAUUUCAUCAUAAUAUUGAAGAUGAAUUCUCAACUCCUGUCUCAACAAAAAGAGAUUUAGUAUACAGUGAUAACAAAUUCAUGGAGGGUCCUGAGAGAUCACUGGAAGGAGAAUGUUUUGACCAACACAUGGCAACAGAAUAUAGGCAAUCGUUUCAAGGACUUGACGAACUUGGCAGCUGUAAGCGCUGUAAAUGUAGGAAAUCCAAAUGCUUGAAGCUGUAUUGCGAUUGUUUUGCUGCUGGUCUAUACUGUGUUGAACCUUGUUCAUGUCAAGAUUGUUUCAAUAAGCCCAUUCACGAAGACCUAGUUAUGAACACUCGUGAAGUGAUUGAAGCUCGCAAUCCAUUAGCUUUUGCUCCAAAAGUGGUCUCGACUUCUGAUUCUGCUAUAAAUUUAUGUGACGAGAACAGCAAGACUCCUGCUUCAGCAAGACAUACAAGAGGAUGCAAUUGCAGGAAAUCAGGCUGCUUAAAGAGAUAUUGUGAAUGCUUUACGAUGGGUGUUGGAUGCUCCUCGAGCUGCAGAUGCAUGGGAUGCAAGAAUAAUAUUUGUCACACAAAUGAGAAAUGUGCGGGAGAAUCUGGUGCGGUUACAAUCAAUGAUGGAGCUAAAGAUAAUGAUGAUCAUGGCGAUGCUUCAAGCCAAAACGAAGAUACCGCAAAGAGGGAGAGAAGGAAUCGCGUGUUGCUCUCAAGUUCUGUAGCAUUCCGUUCCUUUUAGCAUCACUGUGAAAACUCUCUGAACUUUGGGACUGACUUCUCAGAAACACCAUGUGAAGAUCCAGGAGACUCCUGUUCAGUGUCGCCAACGAGUCAAUAAUCAAAACCACUGUAUGAAAGCUGUGUCGUGGGUUUUGUUUGAUUUCACUUUCAUAUGUUUUUUCCAAGUUUGGUAUAGUAGGUAUAUAUAUAUGUAUAAAUAUAAUAUAUGUAUGGAAGGUUUUUGCUUAGGAUGUGAAUGUGCGUGUGUCUGUUCUGCUCUGUUCUUCUUUCAUUGAAGAAAGUUUUGUAAUGGCGUUGUCUGCUUCCUCUGUCCCUAUUUUGUUCUCUUAUUCUCUCAAACAAAAACUCCACAAAAUAGUGAUUAAGAUAGAAGAAUAUACCUUUUGUAUGAAAGUUGGAAGUUGAAACUGUGUUAAAUGUAUUAUUAAAACAAUAUAUCACUGGAGACUUGAAAAUAAAACACUUAUCGUAAAAUUAUGGAAACUUUUGUUUCGUCGAAGGAUUCAAAUUCUGAGAAAAGGGUGUUUAAUAAAUUAUCAAAAAACACGCAAGUUUACACUGAAAAAAGUCAUGAAUACAGCAAAAAAAA